AUGGCACUUUUCAAAAAGAUACUGCACUACGCCGGUUUUGCAAAGAAAGACGACAUGGCCAAACCUGUAGAAUUCGUGCCUUCGGACAUUUUCAAGCACCGUUAUCAAGACCCAAAGGUCUUGAUAACUUACGUGAAGGGGUUGCCAGAUGGUUUCACGGAUGAUCAAAUCACCGUGAAGCCUGUGAAAGACGGUCAGCUUGGGCUGAAGCUGCCACGAAAACUCGAAAAGGAAGAGAUCGAAGGGGUGAACAAGGCUUUUAUCAAGGCUGAGAGGGACCGUCAAAGGGAUAAUGGAGCUUAA